AUGACAGAUUUAGUGGAUGACACCACGUACAUUUCUAGUUUUGAAACAAUUACUUCGACUUGGUUUCUUGCAGUGAGUCUUGCAUUAACUGCGGAUUCAUUUUUGCGAGCGAUAGUUGACAAGACAAUCGAUGCAAAUUAUUGGUAUCUUAUUCCUGUAAAUAUUUCAUUGCUUGCCAAUGAAAUACUCAUGCUUUUUUUGGUUAGAGCAAGUCAAAUUUGCUCUAGUGAUACGAUCAAUUUAAAUAAUAAUUGUACAUACACUGCAAAUGUGAGCUUUUCAAAAUGUUCUGAUGAUUCAUCGCGUGCUGCAAGCGUUUCGGAAACUUUUGGUUGCUUUAUUUCUAGAUUGAUCGCAUGGUUCUUUAUUGUUGCACGUAUCGUAGAAGUAUCUUUGACGACAACGUUUUUCUUCAUUGAUGGAUUUAAAUGUCAAGGCUCGUAUUGUGGCCCUCUAUGUUGGCUCAUUUAUAAUAAAAUUUAUUAUGUACGAGAUAUAGUUGCUCCUUUCUUUCGUAUUUAUUAUAUCAUUGCCGAAACAUUCUUUUAUUGGUGUUUAUUUAAAAGGACUCUAGAGUUAAGAAAAGAUAAAAACAUUCGUCGAGUCAUUUUUCAUCAAACUUUUUUAUUUACUAUUGACAUUGCACAACUCUUAGCAAUAAUGACUUAUCGAGAAAUAGGACGUUUUGAUCAUCAAUUGCCAACUUACAUUUACGCCGAGCUGUUUAGCACCGCGUUCACAGUUUUUGUCAUGACAAAAUUUAUAGAUAAGAUACCUGUACUGCAUGCAGCAAACAUAAAUGAUGUUAAUGGUAAUGCAGAGUUAGCUAAAUCACCAAUUUCAAAUUGA